ACCUCACAUUUCAACAAGCCGUUGAGACAUAAAUUUAUUAGUCAUGAAUUCAUCUCCUCAACCUAUUCAGUCUCAGUCUCCAUCAUCCGACGCAUCUCCGGUUGCAGUAGAAGUGAAUAAGCCGAGUGUGAAAUUGUAUGGUUCAUGGGCUAGUUCAUAUACUCAUAGGGUAAAACUUGCUCUGAAACUAAAAGGAGUAGAAUAUGAAUACAUGGAGGAAGAUCUUACUAACAAGAGUGAACAACUCUUGUUGUAUAACCCGGUUCACAAAAAGAUUCCCAUUCUUGUCCACAAUGAAAACCCCGUCGCGGAAUCUAUGGUCAUUCUUCACUAUAUUGACGAGGCUUGGACCGGAACUCAACACCCGAUCCUGUCUACAACUGAUCCUUAUGAAAAUGCUAAAAUACGAUUUUGGUCUCACUUCAUUGAUAAUAAGUUAGGUCCCUCUGUCGGAGCAGUCUUCCAAUCUGUAGGGGAAGAACAGACAGCUGCAGUGGAGCAAGUGCACAACUACCUGAAACUUCUUGAAGACGAGCUAGAACACGGCUUCUUCAAAGGCAGACGAUUCUUUGGUGGCGAAAAAAUUGGGUUCCUGGACAUUGUUCUCGGAUGUGGAUCUUACUGGCUUUGGGUGUUUGAGGAAGUUGCUGGGAUUAAGCUGGUAGAUUCCGGCACAUAUCCUAGAUUUGAGUCAUGGCUUCGAGAUUUUGAAGAACAAAAUGAGGUCAAAGAAACAAUUCCUGCCACUGAUAAGCUCCUUGAAUAUGCGAAAGGCCUUCGCCAAAUAAUACUUGAACAUGUCAAGGCUUGACUGGAGAUAACAUAUUAUGUUUAAGGUGUCAUUAAGAGUAUUUCGUGGUGUUCUAGUUUCAAGGUAGCAAUAUUAAAUUUGUACUAUGUAAUAGUUAGCUCUGUUUGGGUAAUUGAAGUUUAUUGUCUUAACUUUUGACGGAGCAUAUGCAAUGGUAAAUCAUAUUAUCACA